UUAAAGUUCGUAUUAUACGAGUACAGUACUUUCCGUGCGACAGCAGUUUUUCUUUUACACUUCAGAGGAAAAAUUACAAUUCGAAAAGCCUGUUACCAGAUAAGAAAUAAUUCAAAAUGGUCACCUUCAAGGAGUGCGCCCAGUGCGACAUACUGAAUUCAAAAUGGGCCUAUAUGGAGAUACUGUUCCAGUCCAUUGUGGUUCUAACGUAUUCCUCGGAAUUAUCGCAUUUCUUGUUGCGUGUGGCAUUUCCUUGGCUGCGUGAAACCAGAGCGGAUAUUCGGACAGAACUACCUCACUGGAUCAGGCUGAUGAAUCUCACUUCGGACGAUGCUUGCUAUUGGGUGAACAUCUUGCGCCAAAAACUGCCAACCAACACAACCGGCGGUCAGUACACAGUAUGCAUCGACCACUCCGAUAGUAUCUCCAACCAACCACAGAGCAGCUACGGCUGGUUGCGCGUUUUCGAAGUGACGGUGGCCAUUUUCGCAUUCUUCGUCUUGUCGCUAUUGGUCAGCAUCAUCUGCAGUCUAAUCGCCAACUACCGACACUGGAUGCAGCCGUUAUUGUCACCAUACGACAAAAAGUUCUCGACAUUGUAUAAGCGAUACUAUCGAACGGACAAGCCUUCCCGAUUACAAAUGCUCCUUGUGGUCGCUGCCUUUAUUGUCUUGAUAACAGCAACAGGGGUGAUUGUUCUUUGUGUCCCGAUUGCCAUUCUGGGCAUUGCCGCUUAUCUGGGACAUUCAGUCAGCGGAGACUGGGGAACCAUACCGGCAUCCAUAGUAACGCUGAUAGUGUGCAUUGUAUACUGUAAUCUCUGCCUCCUCCGCUUUCGCCCAUAUUCACUUAUUCAAGGACUGGCUAUCUUUAUAAAAAACAGGAUCGUGCAGGAUUUUAUCAUCUUAAAGAAAUGUGACGCUUGUCCGACCAGUCUUUCGGUAGCGAUCGGGGGACAAGAAUAUCACCGGAAACGACGCAAGCAGAGUGCUACACGCAUUGGAUGUCUAUUGUUGUUGUUGGUUAUUAGUGGAACUGUGCUGUUCCUCGAGUACCCGGAAUUUUAUACGGCCAUGAAUGUUUUGUUCCCGGUCGCGACUCCCAGUCUUCCGGAUGAUGGAGCCAAGAUGCUGAGUAUAAAUCGAGCCAGGCUGUCCUACUGGGUGGACCCGCAUACCAUGUACACUAAGCCAAAAUUUUUAUCGUUCUUCCCAAACGGCGUGGAAUGCAUUUCGCAUGCGGAGGAAAUUGUUGGAAAAACGGGUUUAUACAUUAGCGCAGCAUUCUUUGCCAUGAUUCCCGUUGCCCUAGUUAUCAUAAUUUUCAUCAUCUGUCCUGGCAUUAUUUUGUUCAUGCUGUACGCGGCCGUACGCAGUAUGUGCGUGAGUCCCAGGCCUGAUGGCACGAAGGAGCGGCCUAUCCUGGAUGGGCUAACGGAAUUUGACGAAUGGCGUGACCGGUGCAAGAUAGCCUGCAUGCUAGCAAUCUACAUCGCCUGGAUGGUCACCCUCGACCGUUUGGUUGCACUGGUUGCAUCUGAGAAGGUUUUCCUCCUGAUGUACUUGAUGUGGAUGUUCGUAUUAAUUGGAGUCGCCGUAUGGGAAGUUAUCAGCUUGCUGAGGAAAGGUCAGGAGCAUGCAACUGGUGAUCCCACAGUUCCGUCUACCGAACCAGAUAAACCGGAAGAAGACGUAACAUCAUACUGCAGAUGUUACGAGUUAACACAGCCCGCAAGCGAGAAGGUUCAUGUGACCAUACAUGAUGGAUUACUUCCUUGCGACUUUUGCGAAGCAGACUGUAGUACCAUGAAGUCAUGUGAACUUCGCAAAUUUACAAUUCGGCCGAAAAAAAGGUCCGAUGCUAUAGUACUCAACCAGUUUGGUAUGCCUCUCUUGAGCUCUCCAUAAUCAUUUUUAUUAACUCACUAGUUCCAUUUUUUCGCAUCAGGAAUGCGCGAAGUAUUCAUCAAGCUAUUUCCGGUUUACUUAUAUAUCUGUACAUUUCGGUGUGCAGUUUUAUGUCGGCGUGCCGUCAUUAACGCCCCAUAGCCAAAACAGACUACUCCAUAAUAAUAACUAUUAUUUUAUGCUUUUCAGUUUAUAGCGCCAUAUAAAGGCAAGAUUGAUUUCCUUUUGCGCAUUUUUUGGGCGAAUAUCAAUUGUGUAUUGCGGUCAAUGUUCGGUACACCAGCGAUAAUUUUCCCAACUUUAGACCGGUCCGCGUUGUCG